UACUAUAUUGCUUAAAAAAACGUUACAUGUAAAAUAGUUAAGCAAUUAAAUAGUAUUACCCUACAAUAUUCUAUAUUGUAAAGAUAAUAUGCACAUAUUUUUAUGUGAUAAACAUAGUCAGUACAGUAUAAUACGGAAGCGAUGAGUUUUGGAACACUAUGAACUUAGAUUCUUUUCCGGCGAGCAAAUCUUUCGAGAGGGCAAAAUGACCAAGACAACAGAGAACAAGGGAAUGAGCACUAUCAACGAGGUAGUGACUCGUGAAUACACGGUGAAUCUUCACAAACGUCUUCAUGGUGUUGGAUUUAAAAAGCGUGCUCCACGAGCAAUUAAGGAGAUACGUAAGUUUGCUGAGAAACAAAUGAGUACUCCAGAUGUAAGAAUUGACACACGUCUCAAUAAGCAAUUAUGGUCUAAAGGAAUUAGAAAUGUACCGUUCAGAGUUCGUGUACGAUUAAGCAGAAGAAGGAAUGAUGAUGAAGAUUCCCCUAACAAAUUGUACACUCUUGUCACAUACAUACCAGUUGCUACAUUCAAAGGUCUACAAACAGAGAAUGUUGAUGCUAGUCAAGACUGAAUUGUUUCGAAAUAAAUAAUUUUCACCAAU